AUGCUUCUUGUCGUGGAUAUCAAUAAGGGCAUACAGGCGCAGACAGCUGAGUGCAUCGUCGUCGGAGAGAUCACCUGCGACCGGAUGGUAGUCGUGCUCAACAAAAUAGAUCUAGUACCGGAAGAAGAAAGAGCUAAGAAAAUCGCAAAGAUGACUUCAGGUAUGAAAAUAACUUUGCAGCAAACAAGAUUUAAAACUGUUUCCGUCACUAGCACGUCAGUACUUCCAGGGGGAGAGAUUGUGGGUCUGGAUGAACUGGUGAAAGGCUUAGAGGAGAGCUUAUCUGAUCUCAAACGGCCACAGGCAGCGCAUUUUCUCUUUGCAAUUGAUCACUGUUUUUUUAUUAAAGGGCAAGGAACAGUAUUGACUGGCACUGUCCUCAGUGGUUCGGUCAAAGCAGGUGAUACUGUAGAGAUACCGUCAUUGAAAAUAAAGAAGAAAGUAAAAUCGCUGCAGAUGUUCCGGCAACCGGUAGAUGGCCUGGCUCAGAGCGAUCGUGGUGCAAUACUAGUGACACAAUUUGACGCCAAGCUUUUGGAAAGAGGGUAUGCAUGCACAGAGGGAUCAAUCCCAACUGCGUACGCGAUGAUAUGCACCGCGAACAGGGUAAGAAUAUACAAGCCCGAGCUUAAGAGUGGAACCAAGUUUCAUGUUUCUGUUGGACACCAAACGGUGAUGGCAGAAGCACAAUUCUUUGGCAUCGUAGAUGAUGGCGGCACUGACGAGGGAUCGUCCGGUGACUUUACCUUCGACCGUGACUACAUUCACUUGGCCAAUUACGCAGAGGCCAGUACGCAGGACAGUCCUGGCGUCCCUAAGGUCAAAGAUAUCUAUGUGCUUUUGAAUUUGGCACAACCCCUCCUGUGCCCGCCGGACAGUUUAUAUAUAGCGUCGCGAUUGGAUGCCGAUAUAAAUAGUAAGGCCGUACGUCUCGCUUUUCACGGUCGAAUAUCCUCGCUCAUGGCUUCUCCCAAAUACAAAGCGGACACUCUCCCAAGACUGCUCAUAUACAAGAGGAAAUUCAGAGAAGGCACUGUCGAUAGGAUUGUCAAUGCGAACUCGCUGAUUGGAAGGGGACUAUUUAAAAAAGAAACGAACAUUAAGAUAUUCACCGGAAUGAAGGUGACGCUUUCAACUGGCGAGAACGGGUUCAUUGAUGGAGCUUUCGGACAGAGUGGGAAGUUUUCGGUCCAGAUACCAGGUGGACUAAGUGAAGACACCCUAAACAAUUUGGGGAAUAAGGGCAAGAAAAAGGGCAGCGAUGCUGUGAAGAAAAAUGAAAACAGUCCUGUCACUAUCAACCUAUCCUUUAAAAAAUACACAUAUGAUGCGAGUGGGCGCAUGGUACAAUAAUAUAAAGAUGUGGGUAGUGAAGGUAGCGUCAUGACGAAAUACUGCAAGUGCACUUCCGCAGUAAAAGUAGCGUGAUUGAAUAUAUACAUAUUAGCAUAUAACUUGUGAAUAGGUGGUACACAUGAGGUACAAAUUGGUAUAUGUAGUUUUGUACUCAGCUCAAUAUAUAGGUACUUAUGUAUAUAAGUUGAUAUACAAGUACAUAUGUACAUUAGUUUAUAUAUAUGUACUACGGUACACUUGGCGUAGUGUUGUUUGUAAUCACACUUCAACUUAUAAAACAAGCAGGCAUCCUGCCAAAUAAUUUCUCUUGUUUGAUAUAUAUUCAGACAACAGCAAUAUACAAUAAUAUUAAAAAACAUAAACAUGGG